AUGCAUAUGCAAGUCUUCGGUGAAGAAAAAUCAAAAGUAAUGGAAUCAGAAAAGGUAAUCAUAAACAUACACACUCAAAACGGCGAUUCAAAAACCCUCCAUCUUUACUCAUCGAAUCAAAUAAUACCUGAUCUUAAUCCACCCGAUAUAUCAGCAUUUAAAAAAUCAUACCCGCAAUUUAAUCACCUCUACUUGGCAGAUGAUGGCCUUCAACAUCACACUGACAUCCUCAUCGGACUGGAUUAUAUAAUCGACAUUCUGAAUUGGAAGAAAAUCGACGCCACUCCAACGGCAACACUGCUCGAUACUGUGUUUGGCUGGGUACUGGCGAUCCGUCAUCCAGGCAGUGGAAAAGUUGGAACUCACUGUCUUAUCAGCAAAACAUUGUCCGAUCCUCUAUCACAACUAUGGUCACUUGAUACUAUCGGCAUUCGGGAAGAUUUGAACAACGAAAAUGAGGAACCGGCAAUUAAACAAUUUCAAGACAGUAUUCAAUUUAAAGAUGGCCGAUAUCACGUUGCCCUGCCUUGGAGAUUUUACCCUCCGAACCUACCUGAAAACUACGAUCUCGCUAUUGGGCAACUGAACUCACUGUAUAAAAGUUUGAAACAAGGUAAUCUCCUAACUACAUACGACGAGGUAAUUAAAAAUCAAUUAGCAAACGGUGUCAUCGAGGUAGCUCCAAAAAACUCAUCUAGCGAAAUCACCCAUUACCUCCCCCACCACGCCGUUUUAACUCCUGAAAAAUCCACAACGUUACGUAUCGUUUACAAUGGCUCAGCCCGGACCAAACAAUCUAAAACAAGCCUAAACGACUGCUUAUUAAAAGGAAAAAACCUAAUAGAAAACUCAGCAGGUAUAAUAAUACGCAUCCGGUGUGAAAUAAUUGGUAUAACAAGCGACAUCGAAAAAGCAUACCUACAGGUUGGCUUACAGAUACGGGAUCGCGACGCAACUCGCUUCGUGUGGUUAAAAGACAUCAACCUACCUCCAACUGCAGAAAAUUUAAUCGUGUUUCGCUUUACCAGAAUACUAUUCGGAAUCGUAGCAUCAGCUUUUCUACUCGCAGCUACUCUAAAACAUCAUAUUCAAUUAAAAGCUCACCACUAUAAACACAUCACGAAAAUUCUGAAAAGCUUGUAUGUUGAUAACUUUGCCAAUGGUGCUAAUUCGUUGCAAGAAGCCAUCGAAAUCUACAAUGUUAUGAAAAAACUUCUUGCUGAAAUUGGCAUGAAUAUUCGUCAAUGGAGUUCAAACUCAACCGAAUUCAUGAACUCUAUACCCGAAGCUGACCGUAACAACGCCGAAAUCGUCAAUCUCCUCGGUAUACAAUGGAAGCCAAAAGCAGAUACCUUGAAUAUCCAAAAACCAUCCGUUCACGCACCUGAAAAUCCAACUAAGCGAACAGUUCUUCAGUUCACAGCCGCCAUCUACGAUCCAAUGGGCUUUUUCUCGCCAAUAAUUUUGAAAGCCAAACUUUUCAUUCAAAAACUGUGGAUUUUGAACUUCGAAUGGGACCAAAAACUAAACGAAAAUCUUACCAGCGAAUGGCGCAUAAUGGCGAACUCGAAAAAAUUCCCACCCACUCCUUACCUCGCUACCGACGCGUCAAAAGACGCAUACGCCGCUGCUGUCUACAUACGCGCCACAGAUAACGAAACGUCACACACGCACUUAUUAUUUGCCAAAACCAGAGUGACACCACCGAAAAACGAAAACGAAUUAGCCAAAUUCACGCCUAAAUUCGAAUUACUAGGUGUUUUAAUUGGAGCUCGAAUUCUCAACUUCGUUGAAACAUCUUUAGAACGUGAAAUCUCCGAGAAAAUUCUAUGGACUGACUCGCAGUGUGCCAUGGCUUGGAUACAAUCUCCUCAGGUGUUACCAGUUUUCAUCGAAAAACGCGUCAAUGAUAUAAAACAACUGGUUCAAAACAUCAAAUACGUACCUGGUGAACAAAAUGUAGCCGACAUCGCAUCCAGAGGCGGUACACUCGAUGAAAUGAAAGCGGUCAAUUGGUUUAACGGACCUCCGUGGCUAAACGAUGAAAAAUUGUGGCCAGAACAACCAGUUCUCGGAAAAAACUUACCUGUGCUGCCCACAGAAACUUCCGAAAACACAACAACGACUCUCUUAACAAACACCGAAACAGAAACAACGCCAAAAUCGACUCCCUUCAACUUGAUUUUUGAAAAAUAUACGACCUAUGGAAAACUCAUCUCGGUUACAGAAAAGUGUCUCAUCGCAGCCAAUAAAUUCCGGAAAAUUCAAUCUGACAAAACAAGACAACAGGCAGAAGAAAUGUGGAUAAUUUAUUUCCAAGAUACCAUCGGCGAAAAAAUUACUCACUACUCUCACCUUGGGUUAAAGAAAGAUGAGAAUAACGUACUUCGUUGUCGCGGACGGCUAGAAAAUUGCACGUACCUAACAGAUGAAGAAAAACACCCGAUUUUACUUCUUCCUGAUUGGCCAAUUACUAAACUAAUCGUUAUGCACUACCACAACAAGCUAUACCACGUUGGUACUCAGCACACACUAGCAGAAAUCCGGAGAAAAUUCUGGAUACCCACAGGACGCCGAGUCGUUUAUUUCACGCUAAAAAACAACUGUAAAAACUGCAAAAAGCUGAGAAAUAAACCAUACAGAGCACCACCUACGCCUCCGCUCCCAAAAUCGCGCCUAAACCCUACAAAACCGUUCGAAAACUCCGGCGUUGAUAUACUGGGACCUCUCUACGUAAAAUUUGCUCCAGGUGAAUGUAAACGUUGGAUACUAAUUUUCACCUGUCUCGUAACAAGAGCAAUACACAUGGAAAUCCUUCACGAUCUUACAUCCGAAGAUAUCUUAUCCGCAUUCAAAUUAUUCUUCGCCAGAAGAGGUACGCCAAAACUACUCAUAUCCGAUAACGCGCCUCAAUUCAAACUUAUCAGCACCGUCUAUGAACUCAGCUGGCAAAAUGCGAUUAAAGACAAAAAUUUCAAAGACUUCUUCGCCAAGAACGAAAUUGUUUGGAAAUGGAUUCCUCAAUUAGCACCAUGGAUGGGUGGCGCCUACGAACGUCUUAUCGCACUUGUAAAAGAAGCUUUAAAACUUACGUACUAUCGAAUAACCCUCACUGAUCGUCAACUUCAAGUCGCCAUAGCUGAAACAGAAGCAAUUCUAAAUUCCCGUCCCCUUACGUACUUCGGACCAAACUUGGAAGAAGACAUAAUAACGCCGAAUCUAUUCCUAAGAGGAAAUUUCCCUCACAUACUCGAAGUCAACGCUGACGCCCCUACAGUAACAGGAAAAUCUCUCGUAGACUCGUGGAAAAAAGCGGAUCAACUUUUGAAUCGUUUUUGGGAUAUAUUUUAUUCAAAAUAUAUCAUCUCGUUGAGAGAGCGUAGCUCAAAACUCAAGCAGAAACGCUCAACUACACCAAUAACUCCGCAAGUAGGCGAUAUUGUAAUGCUCGCAGACGACAACGUUAAAAGAGGAUACUGGAAACUUGCUGAAAUAAUCGAAAUAGAAGUCAGCGAAGAUAAAGAAAUACGAGCAGCCAAAGUCAGGUUGGCCAAUGGUGAUAUCACACGUCGACCUAUCAUAAAACUCAUCCCCAUGGAAACUUCCACAACGGAAAACGGAAACGCCGACGAGCCGCCGAUUAUCACCGUUUCUAAUGAAACAUCCGUCGAUCCAGUGGCAGUCACAGAACCUCUGCCGGAAGACUUCGAAAUCGCCGAAAUUACUUGCGAAAUCGUCUCUGAAUCGGAUGACGAAUAA